UCAUAACUUUUUUUUCAAACUCCCACUUGGUCAUACGGAGGGACUCUGAGAAAGGAAGUACGUUUCUUCUUAGGGCGAUUGAGUUUAAAUUCGUAAAUUUUUUCCCUCAGUCCAUUGUUUCUUUGGACCGUUGGUAAAUCGACAGAUUAUUUUUAAAUCAUGUGUUUCAUAGGAGAGAUGUGUAGGGUGAGUCUGAUUUCAGCCGCAAGGUUUGUCGCUUAAUUUUAUCGCAAGUUUAGUUAGCUCGCUGGUUAGCCGUCUUUCUCCUUUAAAAAGAAGGGGAACUUCGGAAAGAAAAUCCCCGCCUGGUUUCACGGCAAAUUCGCAACUGGAAUGACUGCCUUUCUGGUUUCAGACACCGUAAUGUUACAAGGUGGUACCUAAGUUUGGAGGCAGACCGGUAUGCUGAAGAGCACCUGCCUCAUUCAGAAUGAGUGUCACAGAUGGCGCGGGGGCAGCUAGCCAAGAUGGAAGGACCUACGUUCUUCAGAUCUACGCUCGGCUCUCCUUGGAGGCAGCGCCAUGCUGCACCCUCAGAGUCUCCAAGGAGGCCACGGCGGCAAUGGUUGUCAAGGAUGCGGCGGCCACGUUGGGCCUGGACAGUUCUAAGUUCUAUGUACUGGCGGAGGUAAAGGAGUGUGGUGGGGAGGAGUGGGUUCUGGAGGCCAACGACCUUCCGGUUCAGAGGGUACUGCUGUGGCCCAGGAAGGCCCAGGACCGGCACCCGCAGAGCGAGGGCUUCUACUUUAUCCUACAGCAGCGCAACGAUGACGGUUCAAUCCAAUACGUCCACUUGUCAGCCCUCAGCAAAGAGAAGGAGAGGCAGCAGUUAGCAGCUCGUGGUUUUCUGCCUCCGCGGCAGGAGGAUUUCGACGACCUGUGUAACCUCCCUCAUUUGACGGAAUCCAGCAUUUUGCAUAAUCUUCGCAAUCGCUUCCAGAAGAAGAAGAUCUACACUUAUGCCAGCAGCAUCCUUAUCGCCAUCAAUCCUUUCAAAUUUCUCCCCAUUUACAACCCAAAGUAUGUCAAGUUGUAUGAGAACCACCAGCUGGGCAAACUAGAGCCUCAUAUAUUUGCCAUCGCGGACGUGGCCUACUAUGCCAUGCUGCGGAAGAGUGUCAAUCAGUGCAUUGUCAUCUCUGGGGAGAGUGGCUCAGGCAAGACGCAGAGCACCAACUUCCUCAUCCACUGCCUGACUGCGCUCAGCCAGAAGGGCUAUGCCAGUGGGGUGGAGAGGACCAUCCUGGGAGCAGGACCGGUGCUGGAGGCAUUUGGCAACGCAAAGACUGCCCACAACAACAACUCCAGCCGAUUUGGGAAGUUCAUCCAAGUGAACUAUCUGGAGAGCGGUAUAGUAAGGGGAGCUGUUGUUGAAAAAUACCUUCUGGAGAAGUCUCGUCUUGUCUCCAGAGAGAAAAAUGAAAGGAACUAUCACGUGUUUUACUAUCUGCUGAUUGGAGCAUCAGAAGAGGAGCGAAAAGAGUUCCGACUUCUGCAGCCUGAAGAGUACUUCUACCUCAAACAGCAAAACUUUAAGAUAGAGGAUGAGGAGGAUCUGCGGCAUGAUUUCGAGCGGCUGCAGCAGGCCAUGGAGAUGGUGGGCUUCCUGUCUGCUACCAAGAAACAGAUUUUCUCAGUACUGUCAGCAAUACUGUACCUGGGGAACGUGACAUACAAGCUCAAGUCAACAGGCAGGGAGGAGGGCCUGGAUGUGGGACCUCCUGAGGUUCUUGCCACGCUUUCGGACCUCCUCAAGGUUAAAGAGGAAGAAUUAGUGGAAGCUUUAACGAAGAGGAAAACGGUGACAGUAAAUGACAAGCUCAUCUUGCCCUACAGCCAUAGUGAAGCUAUUACAGCUCGGGACUCCAUGGCCAAGUCUCUGUACAGUGCCCUGUUUGACUGGAUUGUCCUCCGAAUUAACCAUGCACUGUUGAACAAGAAAGACAUGGAGGAAUCUGUCAAGUGUUUGUCAAUCGGCGUCCUUGAUAUAUUUGGAUUUGAAGACUUUAAGACCAACAGUUUUGAACAGUUCUGCAUCAACUAUGCCAAUGAGCAGCUUCAGUAUUACUUCAACCAACACAUCUUUAAACUUGAGCAGGAAGAGUACCAGGCAGAGGGAAUCACUUGGCAUAACAUCGAUUACACAGACAAUGUGGGCUGCAUACAGCUGAUAAGUAAAAAACCAACAGGGCUUUUCUGUCUGUUGGAUGAAGAGAGCAACUUCCCUCGCGCGACGGACGAAACUCUGCUGGCCAAGUUCAAGCAGCAGCAUCUCAGUAACAAGUACUUUGUACCAACACCAGUCAUGGAGCCUGCAUUUGUCAUACAGCACUUUGCUGGGAACGUGAAGUAUCACAUCAAGGAUUUCCGGGAGAAGAAUACCGACCACAUGCGGCCCGACAUUGUGGCACUCCUGCGCAGCAGUGAUCGGGCUUACCUGCGGCAGCUGAUUGGGAUGGACCCGGUGGCCAUGUUCCGCUGGGGCAUCCUCCGUGCCACCAUUCGUGCCAUGGCUGGCUUCAAUGAAGCGGCCCGUCGCUGGGCAGCUAAGACUGCAGGUGUGAUCAGAGGCAGCUCUCGCUCUCCACUGAUGGAGCUGCAGAGGGCCAACACCUCCACUGAGAAGAUAUACCGCCGCGACUCUUUGCUUGAUUUCUUCUUUGAUCAUUCUGAGGAGCGCCCACUAGAGGUCUUUGAGGACAUCUUUGCUAGUUAUGAGAGUAAGAAGGACACGCAUGCCCAAAUCAUCAGCUCGGUAAAGGACUUGCAGCUGGACGGCGAAGACCCUUGCAAGCUGCUACAGUCCUGCGGUCGCCUGCGGUUCCCUCGCCACGUACUGCAGAAAAAUAAGAACAUCAGGCAGAAGCAGAUCAUUCCUAAGAGCCUCAUCGACUCUCGUUCCCUUAAGUUCAUAGUGGGUCUCACCCUUCAUGACCGCACCACCAAAUCUCUGCUUCACCUGCAUAAGAAGAAGAGGCCGCCCAGCAUCAGUGCUCAGUUCCAGACGUCCUUGAGCAAGUUGCUGGAGACCCUGGGAAGAGCAGAGCCCUUUUUCAUCCGCUGCAUUCGCUCCAAUUCCGAGAAGAUGGAGAUGCAUUUCGACGAGGCCCUAGUCGUGCAGCAGCUGCGGUACACAGGCAUGCUGGAGACCGUGCGCAUCCGCAGGUCUGGUUAUGGUGCAAAGUACACGUUCCAGGAAUUUGUUGCGCAGUUCAGAGUUUUGCUGCCGAAGAAUGCUGUACCUUCUCGAGAGACCAUAUCAGCUCUGCUGCAGAGGAUUGUGUCAGAUGGUACCACCUACCAGAUCGGCAAAUCUAAGGUGUUCCUGAAGGAACCAGUACGGCAGCAGCUCCAUGACACCCUGCACAAGGAGGUCAUGCAGAAGAUCGUCUUUCUGCAGCGUUGGUACCGUGCCCGUUUGGACAGGAGGCACUUCCUGGCGAUGAGAGAGGCGGCAGUUACGAUUCAGCAAUGCUGGCGCUGCUUCCGCGAGGUGCAGCACUUCCAGGCGGCGUCUCUGAUCCAGGCUGCAUGGCGGGGUCACAGGCAGAGAGCCAGCUACCUCCAGCAGCUUGACACCGUUAAGAAGAUGCAGGCCUUAGUGCGGGGCAACUGCACCAGGAGGAGGGUCCAGGCCAUGAAGGAUAAGAGGCGAAUGGAGGAGGAGGCAGCCAGGAGGAGGGCAGAGGAGGAGGAGGCCGCCAGGAGGAGGGCAGAGGAGGAGGAGGCCGCCAGGAGGAGGGCAGAGGAGGAGGAGGCCGCCAGGAGGAGGGCAGAGGAGGAGGAGGCCGCCAGGAGGAGGGCAGAGGAGGAGGAGGCAGCCAGGAGGAGGGCAGAGGAGGAGGCGGCAGCCAGGAGGAGGGCAGAGGAGGAGGCGGCAGCCAGGAGGAGGGCAGAGGAGGAGGAGGAGGCUGCGGAGAAGCAAAAGAGUGAAGAAAGAAAGUAUAAACCUGAACUGAGUUUUGAGCACAUGAUGCCGGCUGUGCCCGUUUGUAGCAGUGAACAGAGCAGGGAGUUGGAGCAGCGGGACAGCACUCCAUUCCUGGCUGGGGAGGUGGCUGGCCAGGCCAGGAGCUCCAUCUUUGAUGAUGAUGAGGAAAGCAGAACUGCUGUAGAGCCCGAGGAGGUGAUGACCGAGGCAGGUCCAGCACAGCCGUAUGGAGAGCGACCUCGGCCACCGCGGCUACACAAGACCCCUGCGUCCAGGAGUCAGGAAAAACGGGAGCUGAGGCGGCAGCGUGGCCUGGAACACAGUCAGCGGGAGUGCCAGCGGGCCGCCUCAGCCAGCAAGGAGGAGCAGGUGACAAAACCCAAAGGCACGGAGCCGGCUGCAGGCACCGAAGGCAAACCCAAGGACAGCAAGGAGCUAGACCAGUACACGUUUGUCGAGUGGAAGAUGGAGAAAGGGAAGAAGGAGACCAAGGCAUCCACUUCCCCCCAGAGCCGCCCGAACACGCUGCCUUUAGAUCUCCCCGGCCAUAAGCCCAGCCGUAACGGCCACCAGGGCCCCACCAGCCCCCCCCGCACUGGCUCCCUGCAUCGUGGCACCAAACUCUUUCCCGCAAAGACUGACCAGCACAAGGAGAAGCAGCCUGAGGGCACCCCCCCAGACAGCUGUCCCCACCAGCAGAGAGUGGCCAAGACCUUACCGAAUAUGCGAACAUCUGUGUCAUCAGAUAAUAUUGCUGUCUCCCCUGGAUUUGACAGUCCCAGUACUUCAACAAAAGAGGCUCAGUACAUUGCAGAGACCUGCACUCCGGACUCAAAGGUCAGCACCCUCAAGCGGCGAUCUAACGACAUGCUGGUUAACCAGGACGCCCAUCCCCAACCGCCAACCCCUGAAAAGUCAGGAUUUCUCAGCAAGAUCCUGAGGAAGCGUCCACCUAAGGAAGUCCAGACUCCAGACGAGGAGCCGUCCGCCGGGCAAGCCCUUGCUGAGAAGGGGGGUGAAGCCGCCUCCCAGUCUCUGCCAUCCCGCUCCCACCACCACCACCAUCACGCUGAAGCUUCCAGCAGCAGGGUGCGCCGGAACCCCACCAUCAAGAUCAGCCGCGCGACCAGGGUCUCCGAGCAGUGGAACGACUCUAUAGACCGCAAGAUCAACAACGCCAAUGAGCUGCGGCAGCUGGACGAAUUCUUGGGCAAUCAGGUGAACGACCUGCGCUCCAGAGGGAAGCAGCUGUCCGCAACAGAACAGAUCUUCAUCACUGCCACCAUGCAGUUCAGAGAAAACAUUAAGGGCAUGUACACUCUCUCGAAACCCCACAUAGGCUACAAAGGAUUGAUGACGGGCUACCAGAAUAAGGUCAUUGCUCUUGCUGGAGAGAAGCAGAAGUCCGAGGUCCAGCUUGUCAUCAAUUUAUUCCAGUCUGUUCUGGAUAUAUUCAUCCGCGGAGAGAAUAAGAGAGAGGAGGAGCCAGCAAAGCCUGCAAAAUCUCGAAAGAAGAGACGAAAGAAGGAUAAAUCCUUGGAGAGUCCGCUGGACCACAUGUUUGACACAUAUCAGGUGACCAUCAUCCAGUCAUGUGACCAGUGCUGCUCCUACAUCUGGGGCAUGGAGAACGCCUUCAUGUGCACUUCUUGCAAAAUGGUAUGUCACAAGAAGUGCCUCAGCAAAAUCACCACGGAUUGCUCUUCAUAUUGUGCCAAGAAGUCUGAAGAUGAGUCCCAGAACUUCGCAGUGCACGUAAGCACACUAAUCAACGACAAGAACCCGGUGCCUCUGGUGCUGGUGAUGAUGCUGGAGCAUGUGGAGAUUAACGGCCUGUACACAGAAGGCAUAUAUCGCAAGUCGGGCGCCGCCAACCGCAUGAAAGAGCUGCGGCAGCUGCUGGAGACCGACUGCGGUGCGGUGUGUCUGGAGGACUACCCGAUACACACGGUGACGGGCUUGGUGAAGCAGUGGCUCCGUGAGCUUCCAGAGCCCCUGAUGACCUUCACACAUUACAGCGACUUCCUUCAUGCCGUUGAAUUACCUGAAAAGUCUGAGCAAAUACAUGCCAUUUACAAAGUACUGGAGCAGGUUCCACAUGCGCACUUCAGCACGCUGGAAAGACUUAUCUUCCAUCUCGUGAGAGUAGCCAAAGAGGAAGCGCACAAUCGUAUGUCCCCCAAUGCGUUGGCCAUUAUCUUUGCACCCUGCAUCUUGCGGUGUCCCGACUCCGCUGAUCCCCUUACCAGCAUGAAGGACGUGGCCAAGACAACGAUGUGUGUGGAGAUGCUGAUCAAUGAACAGACAAAGCGGUACAAUGAGAAGAUAGAAGAGAUCGAGCAGCUGGAGUAUGCAGAGGCUCUGGCUGUCAACCAGCUCCGGAGACAGAACACGUGCUGGCAUUUGCCUCUCAGAUUUCCCUCUCCUUACAAAGGAGUGGUGGUCCAUGAGAAAAUGCAUGCGGAUCUGCAGGCGAUCCCUGAGAAUCUGCCGACCGAUUCUGACAGACAGGCAGAGAAGAAUCUUAUGGAGCGAAUUAAAUCCAUCAAGCAGGAAAAGGUGGAGCUGGCCUGCAGACUGCCCGAGCUGGAGCAGCCUGGCUCCGACCAGGAGAACUUGGACUCUGAGGCUUCAGUCAGCUCUGAGAGCCUGCAGGAAGAGCGGCCCGGCAACUUGGACACCGAAGUAGGUAAAGGGAUGCUGGUAGUUAAGCCUGCAGACGACGCUCCCCAGUGGCCCCCACCUGCCUCACAUGCGGCCCGGCUGCAGUUAGAACGGCGCCAUCCUGUCAUUCCCAGCACUGUGAAGCUGCCCCCAGGGGUUCUGUCCUGUUUGGGCACUCAGACACUCUCCCGCUACACUUCCCAGGCCCUGGCGCAACUGAGAAGGCGAGACCAUCCAGCCCGGCGCAAAGGCGUCACCCAGUCCCUUUACAUCUGCCCUGGCGAGGAUCCCGCGCCCGCAGAUCUCCCUGUGUUUGACCCCGCGAACUGCCAGUCCGAUAUUCAGGUCAAAAGGCGUUUCUCUGACCCUGACAUCUCUUACACGGAUGCCAAUGUCUGACGGCGCCCUGAGAACAUGCCAUUUUACUGUCAUCAUACAACUACUGUCAACGUUGAAUGUUUGUGCAUCAUUCAGUUGUCAUAGUUGAAUAGUUCUCACUAAGCACUUUUAAAAAUUUUCUAGCAUCGGUCAGUGUCACACAUGAAGAUGAUCAUGCUGCAUCCUGAGCAGAUACUAAAUCUUGUGUUACACACCACUGGUUUUUUUUUUCCUUUUUUCUUGAGACUACCCAAGGCAAAUAAAAUUCCAUCUUCCAUUCAUUUUGAACUCUGUCAGGACUCCACAUUUUUGUCAACAGUGCCUUUUGUCAUAUGUACCAAUUCACCUGUAUUUUCCGGAUUCUUUAUUUUUACGAUUAUGACACUGUGGUUAAAGCCUGCUUGAAGAUAAAUGAUUAAUUGGUAAAAUGAGCACUGUGACAUUUUCUCAAGAGAUCUGCCCUUUUUCCAUCACUCAAACAGUUUGAGCAAUGGAUCAGCAGAGCUCAAACGGGCCUCGAACCUCAACCAUUACCCUUCCAGGCAAUUCUCCUGUCGUUUGGGAAGAUAAGGAAGAUUUUCUCUGUACAAUUGACCGUGCCAAAUGUGUUCUCCCAUGGGCUAAACACUUAAUGCUUAAGAAUGGAAACUUGAAAAUACUUAUUGCUCAUUUUUAAUGUACUUCGGAAGGUGGCACUUUCAUAGCGUCCUUAACUGGCUCCGUAACAACUGUGUAAAACGGACCGUGCCUUUCACACUUAGUUAUUCCCUUCUCCCCUUUACACUACUGUACCUGCUAUUGCACGCAACAUAUAAAGCAAUAAGGUAAGCAGUUACUACAUUUGCACACUUUGGGAACAUCUGGGCUACUUGGAAGUAGUAUGUGCCUUUUCAGAUAGUUACAGUAUGAGAAGCAUUUUCCAAUAUGAGAUUCAAACUGGACAGGCCUCUGUACCUUGAUGUGACUUGUCCAAUGACCAUCCUCUUUGGCCUGCUGUUUUCCAUGAUAUUUAAGAUUUUUACACCCCUGAUCUUAAGUCUCCAGUAACUGUAUAAAGUUUAUGAACAUUUUUAGCUAGUUUUUUAAGAACUUGUAUGUAGUAUUGCAAUUUAGACAUUCUUUGAGGUUAGAGAACCUCAAGCAGAGUGUAAUUGCUUUUGGAAACCACUUGACUGAAAAGUAUUCCUUGUAUGUUGUGAAUGAUUAGACUGUUGCUUAAUGUGCUUUUUUUAAUGGACCAAAAUAUGCUUAACCCACUUUUGCAGUUUUGAAUCUGGGGUGUAACUGGUGUUUAAAGCCUUAGAUUUGCAAAGUAUAAAGGUGCUUAUGUUUUGUGUGUUGUUUUUGUCAAUACAUUCCAUAUUCAGAUUUGGUACUGAAGGUGGACUUCAAUAAACUAGCCAGUUUAAUUAUCAACUUAAUGCAGAUAAACAACUAAUCUGGCAGGAUGUGGCAUUGAAUUGUAAAUAUGUUAGACUUUUGUUUAAUUCUACUGACUGUAAUUUUGGCUUAUCUUAAAGGCAUCAGAAUGGUACACGUCUGCACUUUCGUCUUGUGCCACAACAGGAUAGUAUUCUCCUUUCUUUGCUUUGUUGUAUUUCUUAAACUCCUACAUUGAACAUUUAUGCUACCUGUCUUACCUUUGUCUCAGCAGAAACUGGUCCCAAAUAAAAUGACAUCUGCUUUUCCUCAA